AUGGCGACUUGUUACAGUGAAGGCGCAAUCAAAGUAUCGGACGCCGGUAGAAGAAAAAGGUGUGUGAGUUCGGUUCCGGCGUUUAAGAAGGCCGUGAGAUGUCUUUACAGAGUGAAAUUGUCGUCCGAGGAACAGUUUUUGAUCAAGAUCACUUGGUGCGGCGUGGCGGCGGCGCCGGCGCGUGGAUUUUGGAUUAGUGUCUGUGAUUAUCCGUGUUCUUCGCUGAACAAGAAUUAUUCCAGACAGAUAGAGAAGCCUAAAGGGUCGGUUUUAAUCCAAGGUUGUAGCGCGAAAAGUGAAGUAUUCUGGGAUCUCUCGAACGCUUCCUAUGCUGCCGGCCCGGAACCGGUCGCCGGGUUCUGCAUAUUGGUCUUGAUCAACUCCGAAAUCGUCUUGUUCCUCGGAGACAACGACCAAGAAUUAGCUUCACAGAAGUGCAGGUUGAAAGCCGCCGCCUUUUCACUGGUUUCCCGGUGUGAGUAUUUCUCCACCGCAGGCGGCGGCGGCGCGGGUUUCUCGACGAAGGCGCGGUUCUGCGAUUCCGGCGACAGUCACGACAUUGUGAUAAGAUGCAGCGGGGAAGAAAAGGGUGGGAGAAAUUGGACACUUUCGGUGAGCAUUGAUGAGAGGAAUGUGAUUGUGGUGCCGAGAUUGCAGUGGAAUUUCCGGGGGAAUCAGACGAUUUUUGUGGACGGAUUGGUGGUGGAUAUGAUGUGGGAUGUUCAUGAUUGGAUGUUUGGCCGGAGAUCCGGUGGGGCGGUGUUUAUGUUUAGAACCAGGAGUGGAUUGGAUAGCAGGCUGUGGUUAGCGGAGAAGAAUUUGGAGCAGAAAGAACAGGAGAAUUUGGGGUUUUGUUUCUUGAUCUGUGCCUGCAAGAACCCUAGCUAG